GCAAAUCAGAUGAUGAGCAGCUGGGUAUAUAAGAGUCAGCCGGCUGCCUUGACACAAAUUUAUACUACAGAGCUCUAAACGCGUUGGGAGCAACAGAUACCAAGAUGAAACUCCAGCCAGCCCUGUUUCUGGUCUUUGCUGUGGUGGGACUCAAAACAGCAAUUGCUUUCUCUGUGGAAUCUGAGGACCUGAAUGAGUCUGAUGGAAACAGCAAACGAGAUGAGAUGGACUUUGAUGAGCAGUCUACGGAGGACGAUCACGGGAUGGAAGAUUUUGAUUUAGACUCUGAAGAGAACACAGAACGAGAUCACAUAGAUGCAGAGGAGGGUGAAGAGAUCCAUCUAGAUUCUGAUGAGGAAUCCCAAAGAGAAAACAUGUCAGAAGAUGAAGCUGAAGAUUUAAAUUCUGAGGAGAAAGCACAAAGAGAAAACCUGGAAGCAGAUGAGCUCGGUGGUUUAGAUGCACUUCUUGAAAACUUGGAAAAUGUGGCAGACCAGCAAGAUUCCAAGGAGACCAUUCAGUAGAGGACCAUGGUUGAAAGCUGCUCAUACAAAUGAUUUCCUGGUUCCCAGUCUGUUACUUUCAGGAUUUCGGGAACCAACUUAAAAAUAAAAAAUGUAAUUGAAGAAUGAAA